AUGAAACAGCAGGACUUGAAAGCAGUCCUCCAUUCCAUGGCCAAGGAUCUACAGCUUUUUCUUACUGGACACAUACCAAGCACCUUUAAUGAGGCCAAAGUCAUCACUUUCAGCAUGCUUAUCUUCUGUGCAAUAUAUGUUACUUUCAGACUUACUUAUGUCAGCUCACCAGUUUCAGUUUUUCAGACAUCUAUUUCUAAAUAUUUGACCUGCAAUCCACAUGGAAAAUUUCAGUUUAAUGGGUUAUUCAAAGCUGGUGAUAUUAUGCUGGGAGCAAUAUUUGCAGUUAAUUUUAGAGCAAUACCCCCAGAAUUAAGCUUCAUAUCUAAACCUGAACAAUGGAAAUGUGAAAGUUUUGACCUUGCUGUAUUCCAAAGAGCACAGACCAUGGUGUUUGCAGUUGAAGAAAUAAACAAGGAUCCUGCUCUUUUGCCAAAUAUAACUUUGGGAUACAGACUCUACGACAACUGCAUGAACCUGCAGGAAGCCAUGCGAGCUGCGGCAACUCUUAUUGGUGGAGAAGAGGAGGUUAAGGAUGAUUCCAGCUGUGAUGGAGUUCCUCCUGUAGUUGCUAUUCUUGGUGACCCAUUAUCAACACAUUCCAUUGCCAUAUCCAGGACUGUGAGUUUGUUCAAGAUUCCUCUGGUCAGUUAUUGUGCAACUUGUUCAUGUUUAAGUGAUAAGCAGGAAUUUCCUACAUUCCUGCGGACAAUCCCAAGUGACACAUUUCAGGUGAAAGUGAUGGCUGAAAUUAUGAACUACUUUGGAUGGACCUGGGUUGGAGCUGUAGCAACUGAUGAUGACUAUGGGCUAUAUGCUCUGACCAGUUUCAACAAAGAAGUGAAAAAAUUUGGUUGUGUUGCAUUCUCAGAAACAUUAAAGACAAACGAUAGAGCAAGACUGCUUCAGGUCAUUAGUGUUAUAAAACAAUCAUCUGCCAAAAUCAUUGUUUUGUUUCUAACAAAAACUAUCAUGGGAACAUUUAUAAAAGAAGCUGUUCUUCAAAAUAUUACUGGCAAGCAAUGGAUAGCAAGUGAUUUGUGGAGUGCCUAUCCUUCACUGGCCAGCAAUGAUAAUUUUGACUAUUUUGGUGGAACCAUUGGGAUCAUCACAAGAAGAGGCUCCAUUCCGGGCUUUGAAAAAUUCCUCCGUGAUAUUCAGCCUACUUCAGAUGUCAAAAACAACCUCUACAGUCAGUUUUGGGAAACACUAUUUCAAUGUAAAUUCAAAAACUCAUCAAUGGCAGGAGAUGGAAAAGUGUGCACAGGGACAGAAGACCUGAAAAGCAUCAAAAAUGAAUAUAGCGAUGUGUCACAAUUGAGAGCUUCCUACAACGUUUAUAAAGCUGUGUAUGCCCUAGCACAUGCCCUGCAUAACAUAGUAAUGUGUAAAGACAGAGAAGGGCCUUUUGAGAACAACACAUGUGCAGACAUUACAAAGGUGCAGCCCUGGCAGCUUUUGCACUAUCUGAGAAAAGUCAACUUCACUACUCUUUCAGGGGACCGAGUAGCUUUUGAUCAAAAUGGAGAUGCAGUUCCAAUCCUUGACAUUGUAAACUGGCAAAGAGCUGAAGAUGGAGGCAUGACCACUAAAACCAUUGGAUUCUUUAGUGAAUUUGACAUACAUGAGACCCAGCUGAUGAUUAAUAAAGACGACAUCUUCUGGAAUUUUGAAUCUGGGAAAAUGCCAGAAUCAGUUUGUAGCAAAAGCUGUCAACCUGGUACAAGAAAAGCAGCUAGAAAAGGAGAGCCAAUCUGCUGUUUUGACUGUGUGCCUUGUGCUGAUGGAGAAAUAAGCAAUCAAACCGAUUCAAUUGAAUGCAUCAAAUGUUCAUCUGAACUCUGGUCUAAUGAUAAAAAAACCAAAUGUGUGCUAAAGGAAACAGAAUUCCUUUCCUAUGGAGAUGCUAUGGGCAUUACAUUGGCAGCUACAGCUUUGACGGGUUUCUGCUUGACAGUUGCUGUGCUAGCAGUUUUCAUUCACUUUCGAAACACUCCUGUAGUUAAAGCCAACAAUUCUGAACUGAGCUACCUUUUGCUGGUAUCGCUGAUGUUAUGCUUCCUAUGCUCUUUGUCUUUCAUUGGGCAGCCUUCACACAUAACCUGCAUGCUCAGGCAUGUGGUGUUUGGGAUAAGCUUUGUUAUGUGCAUUUCUUGCAUCCUUGUAAAAACUAUUGUUGUGAUAAUGGCUUUCACUGCAACAAUGCCUGGAAAAAGUACAAUGAAGUGGUUUGGUGUUGUUCAGCAGAGGUGCACCGUUUUUGUCUUUACUGCUCUUCAGGCUUUGAUAUGUAUAAUAUGGCUUAUCACAUCUCCCCCAAGUCCCACUAAAAACACCAAAUACCAGACUGCAAAAAUUAUCUUUGAAUGUAACAUUGGAUCAGCAGCAGGAUUUGGCUGCCUUCUGGGAUAUAUUUGGCUACUGGCUGGUGUUUCUUUUUUGUUAGCAUUCCUUGCCAGACGUCUACCAGAUACUUUUAAUGAGGCCAGAUUCAUCACGUUCAGCAUGCUUAUCUUCUGUGCCGUCUGGAUCACUUUCAUCCCCGCUUAUGUCAGCUCUCCUGGAAAACACACAGUAGCUGUUGAGAUCUUUGCAAUUCUGGCCUCAAGCUUUGGUCUUCUCUUUGCAAUAUUUGCUCCAAAAUGUUACAUUAUUCUCCUAAAGCCACAUAAAAACACCAAGAAAUCUUUGAUGUGUAGAAGCUUACAGAAAUACUAA